AUGCGGUCCUCGAUCGCAUGUGCUCGCUGCCGCCGGUCAAAGGUCAAAUGUGUCAACAGCGGCAUUGGUACGCCAUGUCGGUCCUGCGAGGCCGGCAACCGGGAAUGCACAUAUCCAGUACCCGUCACGGGUGGUCGCAAGAGGGAGAACAGUCUGACCGGACCUGCUCCCAAGAUCGAUCCUAUGACUGAGGAGAUCCGGAAACAACGACAGCAGCGUAAAAGCAACGCCGGCUUGCCAGGCCAGCCCAUGCCCGCUUUUAUCGAACCUACCGUCGUACCAACGGAUGCUCUAGAUCCAAACCUUUUGACGCCAGCUAUUUGGAAAGAAUUGUUCGAUAUAUUCCAGUUGCACUUCUCGGCCGACCUUCCCUUUAUCCACCCUCCAACCUUCCUCAAACCUCUCCGUCAGGCCAGCUCCCAAGCGCAGGCACCGCAAUACCGUCCCUACACCAAUGUUCCUGCUCCGCCAGUACAACCUCCGGCACCCACAGAGUUCUUGCUGGCCUUCUUAGCUUUGACUUCCCGCUUCCAUCCGGUACUCGUCGCCCAUCACUCACCACGAAAUACUAACCGUCCGAACGAUCCCCUUGUAGCUGCAGAGUUCUAUGCCGCUGCUGCCUCUGCUCUACUCAAUGCUGUCACCACCGACAGAUUGGGACUUCACGAUGUUUGCACCAUCCAAGCCAUGCUGAUGCUUGCUCUGCAUGAGUGGGGCAUGAACCGAGGUCCAAAAGCAUGGGCUCACCUCGGCAUUGUUAUUCGUUCUGCACAAGCAAUGGGUUUGCACUACGAGGAAGAGCUCGAUGACCAACCUCUCUCGCGCUCCUUGCCGUCGAGAGCAAACGAUCAGCAAAGUUUGGUCGAGUCUGGUAACGCUUCACCCGACAGCGCCAUCUGUCAAAACGAAGCAUUUGUCAAGCAAGAAAUCCGCCGCCGUACUCUCUGGGCUUGCUUCAUUCUGGAUCGCUACUUCAGCAAUGGCAAAUUCAGACCUCAAGGUCUCAACGCGAAAGACUUGCGAAUCCAGCUGCCAGCGGGCGAGCACGCCUUCUUGUUCGGCGAAAAGGUCCGUACUCUGCUACUGAGCGAGAAAGACACGUCCCGAGCCGAAGUUCAGAGUCAACGUCGAGCCUCGUUGGCAACUGAUCCGAUGAAUCCUGCUCACAAGAGAUCCUCGAUUCAUGACAGUGCCACUGGCAGAUCUUCACCUCAGGACCCUGAAGGUCGUUGGGAGGUUGGUCCUGAUGAAGGCUUGAUCAGCCGAUAUAUCAAAGUCCUGGACAUUCACGGCAAAGUGAUGAGCUGGGCAUGUGGAGGAGGUAGAAAACGGGAUGCUUUGCCGCCAUGGAAUGCUCAGUCAGAAUGGUAUGGUCUGCGCAAGACACUUGAGGACUUCAAAGUUGGCCUGCCCAGACACCACUCUCUGACUGCUCAAAACACAUCCGCGCACAUCAACCUCCAUUCCUCAACUCCUUACGCUCUGGUCCAUGUUACCUUCCUCCUUUCACAACUUCUUCUUACCCGCGAGUUCCUUCCCUUCAUCCCUUUCCGCCAUGGCAAGCCUUCUGGCCCUCUAGAUGGCUCCCGAUUCGAUACUGUUCCAUCGCCUCCAGGUUUCUGGGAAGACAGUGCCCACGAGUGCUUCUCUGCCGCUCGGGACAUUGUUGAUCUCAUCGGCUCUUUCCAAGAAUGGGGCGUCGUAGUUGAGACUCCCCUGGUUGGCUUCGCUCUCUACAAUGUCGCGCUUCUCGGUGUCUAUGUUAUCAACUUCCCAUGGAUGGACACCCAAGGCUACCUUCGCCGCACAGCCAAGGACGAUGGUACGGCUUCUGGUGCAGACGCUGCUCGUAAAGCCAUUGAAACUCUCGCCUCAAUGAAGAAUCGGUUAUACAUGGCUGGUGGCUGGUUCCAGACUGUCAAGCGCUCACACAAGUACUUCUCUCGUUUGAGGAAGACUUGGGUAGACUCGGCAGCAAGACUACCGGGAGUCUUCCACGAUCAAAGUAUCGCUACUGCACAGCUACAUCCGCCGAAUGCGGAAAGUACGCGAGUGCUGCUUGAGAAAGCUUUGAGAGACUCGGAUCACUCUGGCGACUCUGAUGUCGACAUGUCAGAUGCUCUUGCCAUUUCUGAUGCGCACAACGGCGCGCCCGCCCCUCCUCGAUCAGAUAUAAGCAGCCCUCGCCUUGGCACUACACCACCCAAACAACCCCUCUCAACCCCUGCCGAACAAGCACAAGCUCACGCACAGCAAGAAGAGCGCUGGAACGCUAUCAACAGUGCCGCGGCAGCAGCGUCGGCCGUGGCUACUGGCAGAAGCCUUACACAAUCAGCGCCUGCUCCAAAUAACAGCAGUAAUCCACACUUCCGAUUCUACAACGCCUUUCCUCCAACUUCGGCCGCGUCGACACCUGGCGGCAGUCAUCCGAGUUCUAGCUUCCGAGCCGCAUAUUCCGAUGCAUCGCCCCAACCACAUUCCCAUCCUCACACACCAGCGUGGACACCUUCAAACGGCAACUCUCGAGAGCCUCUUCAAGGUAUUCAUGCCUUUACUGGUGAUCAACGGCGAGAGAGUGAAGCAUUGGCUGGUGCAGCAGUUGCAGCGCACGCCGCUCACCAUCACCGUUCCUCUUCGGACCGCGAGAUAAAGGACGUUGAAUCUUGGCUCGCUGCCUUGGAGAAGCCGUUCGGUGCAGAUGAUGUAGCUGCCUUUGUUGAUGGUGUAGAGUUUGCCGAGUAUGCUGCUCGCGGUCUAAGAAUCUCGCGUACGCCCAGUUGGCUGGCGACAAUCUGGGCGAGGUAG